AAACAAGAGAAUCGGCUCCAGAAGAGAUGCUCGCCACAGGGCCGCAUCUUCGCAGCCACAAGGCCGCAUCUCCCCUUCUCGCCUCGCACUUCCGCGUCCACUCCUACCAGCGCGAGUCACCAGACAGGCGACGACCCUCUCGCCUGCGUCCUCUCAGGUGCUUUAGCGGGAGCCCUCCACCUGAGGCUGCGGCAGGGGUGUUGGGGGCGAUGGCGGCGGCCGUUGGGGAGAUGGUUUGGGUGCCGAUACUGGGGAAGGGUGUCUUCCGUUUCGACACGUCGGUGGAUGCGCGCGCCGCGGCUGGGCCCAGCCUCUCAUUCGCGGAUCCGCGGCAGCGGGAGGUGCCACGUGAGGAACGGGAUAUCCCUGUGGUCGUGCCGGCGUGCGAGGUGUCGGGGAACGUCCAGAAAGUAGUGAUUAAGCUUCCAUCUGGGACGUCUUUCUAUGGUACAGGAGAAGCAAGUGGCCCAUUUGAACGGACUGGGAAACGCAUUUUUACUUGGAACACGGAUGCAUGGGGUUUUGGGCCAGGAACCACAUCACUAUAUCAAUCACACCCUUGGGUGUUGGCUGUCCUCCCUGAUGGAAAGGCACUUGGUGUCCUUGCUGACACCACAUGUCGUUGUGAGAUUGACUUAAGACAAGAAUGUACUAUAAAGUUUUGUGCCCCAUCUGCUUACCCUGUCAUAACUUUUGGACCAUUUAAUUCUCCAGCUCAAGUUAUGACAUCCUUGUCCCUUGCAAUUGGAACUGUAUCCAUGCCUCCGAAAUGGUCGCUUGGCUAUCAUCAAUGUCGUUGGAGCUAUGAUUCAUGUGAGAAAGUACUCAAGGUUGUUAGAACAUUUAGAGAGAAAGGCAUUCCUUGCGAUGUGGUUUGGAUGGAUAUUGACUAUAUGGACGGUUUUAGGUGCUUUACAUUUGAUGGUAACCGUUUCCCUGAUCCGAAAUCUAUGGUUGAUGACCUCCAUUCAACUGGUUGCAAAUCAAUCUGGAUGCUUGACCCAGGAAUCAAGAAAGAAAAGGGAUACUUUGUAUUUGAAAGUGGCUCUGAAAAUGAUGUUUGGAUUAGAAAGGCAGAUGGCAGCCCAUUCAUUGGGGAGGUAUGGCCUGGUGAUUGUGUUUUCCCUGAUUUUACAUGUGGAAGAACACGCACAUGGUGGGCUAGUUUGGUAAGGGAUUUCAUUGCCAAUGGCGUGGAUGGAAUAUGGAAUGAUAUGAAUGAGCCUGCUGUCUUCAAAACUACUACAAAAACAAUGCCCGAAAGCAAUAUACAUCGAGGAGAUGCAAAUAUUGGUGGUGUCCAGAAUCAUUCUUACUACCACAAUGUCUAUGGAAUGCUAAUGGCAAGAUCUACUUAUGAAGGAAUGGCGAUGUCUAAUACAGAUAAACGACCAUUUGUUCUUACAAGAGCUGGUUUUAUAGGAAGCCAGCGAUACGCUGCAACAUGGACUGGUGAUAAUCUGUCAACUUGGGAGCAUUUGCACAUGAGUAUACCAAUGGUUCUUCAGUUGGGUCUCAGUGGUCAGCCAUUGUCGGGCCCUGAUAUUGGUGGGUUUGCUGGAAAUGCUACUCCAAGACUUUUUGGAAGAUGGAUGGGUGUCGGUUCGCUGUUUCCAUUUUCACGUGGCCAUUCCGAGACUGGCAGCGUUGACCAUGAGCCAUGGUCCUUUGGCGAAGAGUGCGAGGAAGUUUGUCGUCUUGCGCUGCUAAGACGGUACCGGCUACUGCCGCACAUCUACACUCUGUUUUACCUUUCACAUAAGAAGGGUGCUCCAGUUGCUGCUCCACUUUUCUUUGCUGACCCACAAGACCCAGAACUGAGGAAAAUAGAGACUUCCUUUCUCCUGGGACCACUUUUAGUCUGUGCAAGCACAUUACCUAAUAAAGGAGCUCAUGAAUGUGCCCAUAAGUUGCCGAAGGGCGUUUGGUCACCAUUCGAUUUUGAAGAUUCACACCCUGAUCUGCCGGUGAUGUAUUUACAAGGUGGAGCAAUACUUCCAGUAGGACUUCCUAUUAAGCAUGUUGGUGAAGGAAGUCUAGAAGAUGACUUAUCACUAAUUGUUUCACUGGACGAAAAUGGUAGAGCUGAAGGUGUUCUAUUUGAAGAUGCUGGGGACGGAUAUGAUUUCACACAAGGGAGGUAUCUCUUGACAUAUUAUGUUGCUGAAGUCUGCUCAGCAGUGGUUUCUGUGAAAGUUCGAAAGACUGAAGGAUCUUGGAUGAGACCAAAACGCAACUUGAACAUAAGUAUAUUACUUGGUGGAGGUGCUAUGAUAAGUUCACGCGGUGUUGAUGGAGAAGAACUACAUCUUACAAUGCCUUCUGACUCUGAAGUGUCCAGCUUAGUUGCAACAAGUGAACUUGAGCUCAAGAAACGUUUGGAGAUGAUCCGGCCUAUACCUGAUAUUGAUGAGCCGUCAGGACAGGAAGGUGCCGAGCUCUCAAAAAUACCUAUUGAUUUGAAGAGUGGGGAUUGGUUGCUUAAAGUUGUACCGUGGAUUGGCGGUCGUAUUAUUUCGAUGACACAUCUUCCUACUGAUUCCCAGUGGCUUCAUAGCAGGAUUGAAAUCAAUGGUUAUGAAGAAUACAGUGGGACUGAAUAUAGGUCUGCUGGCUGCACUGAAGAGUAUAAAGUCAUUAGGAGGUAUCUUGAGCAAUCAGGAGAGGGGGAAUCUGUUUGUUUGGAAGGAGAUAUUGGGGGUGGUCUACUUCUUCAGCGCCACAUAUCCAUUAUGCAAGACAACCCAAAGAUUGUACAGAUUGACUCGACCAUUCUAGCAAGAAGUGUUGGAGCUGGUUCUGGUGGGUUUUCAAGGUUGGUCUGUUUGCGAGUUCAUCCUACUUUCACUCUUCUGCAUCCAACUGAGGUGGUUGUUGCUUUUACGGCCAUCAGUGGUUUAGAGCAAGAGAUAUUCCCAGACUCUGGAGAAGUAACAUUAGAGGGAGACCUGCUACCAAAUGGGGAAUGGAUGCUAGUGGACAAAUGUGCAGGGUUGAGUUUGGUAAAUCGUUUUGAUCCUAGCAUGGUUCGCAAAUGUUCAGUGCACUGGGGAACAGGUGAUAUCAACAUGGAGCUUUGGUCAGAGGAAAGGCCAGUUUCUAAGGACACGCCGUUGAGGAUUUGCCACCAGUAUGAGCUGAGACAGACAUGCUAAAUCAUACCUUGAGAAGUUGAGAUGUUUCUGGAUGCAUGUGGUUUUAUGCACCUGAGACUCAUUUCUACUUUUGUGUCAUGUUCUCUGGACAUAGCAGCAAAUGAUUAUAAAACUACCGAAUGUUCUUUUCAUGGUUGGAAUUUUAUGGAGAAAAACAGUCUGAUGUUAAAACAUACGAGUAUUUUGAUAAUUUCUUAGUACUAGUGAGCUUGCA